ACAAAAUAAAGUUGUCUUCCCAUAAAAAAUUUCAGAAAAUACAUGGGCAUUUACAUUUUGUCUGGUUUAUGAACUGGAUUUAAUGUCGACUUGGGGUCCGGAGAGAGAGAGAAACAGAGCUGUGCUGCAUGUCUGACCUGACUUCCUUUUGCUUCCCCUGGUGUGUAAGGUCUUUGACUCUGCAAUAUUUUCUUCCUCCUCAUUGUUUCUGCAGCUGUUAGUGCCCGAGGUACAGAUCCCGGAUCUUAGUUUCUUCUCUUUAGAUCUUUACUUUCUUUCUGUAGUAUAUGGCUUUUCUCUUGUGAAGAUUUUACUGGAACAUGAAGUUCUCUCGUUGAGUUUUGGGGGAAAAUGCGGAGGAACGGGAUUUUGAGUUACUUAUCUGGAUCUCUAAUGGCUUUGUGUUGAAGAUAUGGAGACUUGCAGGGCGAUGGCUUUCUUGCUGGAUGCCUGAUGUUAGCAGAUUGGGUCUCUUCUUUAGCUGGAUGUGUGUUUUCUUUUACCCAUGCGUGCAACCAUUUCUCAAUAGUAUUCUAUUACCGUUUGGAGGACGCCUGGGUGCAGAAAGGAGUCGUGUGGUAUCGAGCAUAAAAACUGUUUAUCCAAGAUUUAUGAUUGUUUGGGGCUUUGUUGAGUUGGGAUUUCUUAAGAAAUUUGUUGGAAGCUUUUGCCAGCGCUAAGAUUUUACUUGAAUUUUAUGUACCAGGGAAUUAUGAUAUGUUUGCUUAAUGAGGUUGUUGAAAAUAAGCCAUAUUUACUUCAGAAGCUGAUUAUGAUUUAUUGAAAGAUUUUUCUGGAGAAGAAAGAAAAUUAUCAUACUUCUGGAACUGAUUGAACAAUAUACUCGGUUAAAUGUCGUUCCGUAGCAUAGUUCGUGAUGUAAGGGAUGGUUUCGGGAGCUUAUCGAGACGGAGUUUUGAUGUCAGGCUGUCUGGCCAUCAUAGGGGAAAGUCUCAUGGUUCAUUUCAUGAUUUGCAUGAUCAGCCUCUGGUAAUCCAGAACAGUUGUUGGGCUAGCCUCCCACAGGAGCUACUUUCUGAUGUAAUCAAAAGGUUGGAGGAGAGCGAGAGUACAUGGCCUGCUCGAAAGCAUGUUGUUGCAUGUGCCGCAGUAUGCAGGUCAUGGAGGAUUAUGUGCAAAGAAAUUGUUAAAAGUCCAGAAUUCUGUGGAAAGCUUACUUUUCCUUUGUCUCUCAAGCAGCCUGGACCACGUGAAGGAACCAUUCAAUGCUUCAUUAAGAGGGAUAAAUCCAAUUUAACGUACCACCUUUUUCUGUGCCUAAGCCCUGCUUUACUAGUUGAAAAUGGCAAGUUUCUUCUUUCUGCGAAGAGGACUAGGCGAACUACUUGCACAGAGUAUGUCAUCUCUAUGGAUGCUGAUAAUAUUUCAAGAUCAAGCAGCACUUAUAUUGGAAAGCUGAGAUCAAAUUUCCUCGGCACCAAAUUUAUAAUAUACGACACACAGCCUCCAUACACCUGUGCCCAUAUUUCCCCUCCUGGUCGCUCUAGUCGCAGGUUUUAUUCCAAAAAAGUCUCGCCAAAGGUACCAACUGGAAGCUACAACAUAGCUCAGAUUGCAUAUGAACUAAAUGUGUUGGGGACGAGGGGUCCAAGAAGGAUGCACUGCACUAUGCACUCAAUCCCUGCUUCAGCGCUUGAUGCAGGUGGCACCAUCCCUGGCCAACCGGAGCUCCUAUCCCGCUCUCUUGAGGACUCUUUCCGGAGCAUUUCUUUCUCGAAGUCUCUGGACCACUCUGUUGAGUUCAGCAGCUCGCGAUUUUCUGAACCCACCGGCCCUUGUGACGAGGACGAGGAUGGCAAGUUGAGACCAUUGAUUCUCAAAAACAAAGCUCCCAGAUGGCAUGAGCAAUUACAAUGUUGGUGCCUAAAUUUCAGAGGGCGUGUAACUGUUGCGUCUGUAAAGAACUUUCAAUUGAUUGCUGCCAUACAGCCCUCAACCGGUGCACCAACUGCCACACGGCCCUCCACUGCACCAGCACUUUCUCAGCCGCCACCUCCAGAGCAUGACAAGAUUAUAUUGCAGUUUGGAAAGGUUGGCAAAGACAUGUUCACCAUGGAUUAUCGAUAUCCCCUCUCCGCAUUUCAAGCUUUUGCAAUCUGCUUGAGCAGCUUUGACACUAAAUUGGCUUGUGAAUAGAACCAAAAAUAGAGUAAAAGAUGGUAGGGAAAGGAAAUACCCAUAAAGAGUUGUGAUAAUGUUUGGAAUUUUAGUUUCUUUUUUUUUUCUUUUGCUGUUCCCCCCUCAAUGUCAUUGGGGGAGUUGGUUGCUCUGAUUGUUAAGUUGUAAGAGUCGAUUAAAACAUGUGGUGCAGCCCAGAUAGCUGGGCGGUGUCAUUAUAUUACUAGCCUUUCUUUCA